AUGGGGCACGGGACUUCGAAAAAUGAAGCCUUUGACGAGUCAACUGACAUUUCAGGCUCAAUGUCAUCAAGAAUUCAUAAACUCCGGCAGCGGCUCCACCUCCACCGCCGCCGCCACCACCGCCACGGGAGUGACUCAAACUCGAAGUCCAAUCUCUCCAAACACCUCCUCAAGGAGGAGGACUUUGUGGGCAUCGCCCGCCUCCGCCUCAUCAGGGCGGAAAUGAAAUUCAAGGAUAAAUGGCUUUCUUGUGUUUCGCUUGGGGAACAGACUUUUCGCACUGCUAUUUCUGAUCAAACUGACAAGCCUGUCUGGAAUUCUGUGAAAAAACUUCUUUUGGAGAAAAUAGGGGCACAUGUUGCGAGAAUAUCUAUAUUUGAGACCAAUAGAUUAUCCAAGAGCAACCUUAUUGGCUAUUGUGAGAUUGAUCUACUUGAAUUUUUUACUCAGGAGUCUGAUUUGGAGAUGAAGGUUGAUCUAAAAGAUCCAUCAGCUGCUACGGUUGUUGUAGGCAGUAUAUAUCUAUCAUGUUCAAUUGAGGAUCCAAUAGAAACGGAGAAAAGUUUCGUGAGGCGCAUCUUGUCUAUAGUGGACUACAAUGAAGACGGGAACCUUUCAUUUGCUGAGUUCUCGGACUUAAUUGAUGCAUUCGGCAAUCAACUGGCAGCUAAUAAGAAAAAGGAGCUUUUCAAAGCAGCUGACGAGGACGGGAAUGGUGUCGUAAGCAUUGAUGAGUUGGCUAUGCUUUUGGUUGUUCAACAAGAGAAGGAUCCACUUAUCAAUUGUUGUCCUGUCUGUGGUGAAAUUAUUGAAGUUUCGGAUGGGUUGAAUACCAUGAUACAUUUGACCCUUUGUUUUGAUGAAGGAACUGGAAACCAGGUUAUGACAGGAGGAUUCUUGACUGAUAAGCAGGCUUCAAAUGGGUGGAUGUUUAAAGUAAGUGAAUGGGCUCAAUUUUCAUCCUAUGAAGUUGGUUUGAGAUCUGGAUCAGGUGCUUCGCAUAUUUUGGUUUUUGAUCGGAGAACAAAGAGAUUAGUGGAGGAAAUAAUUGAUGCCAAGAUUAUUCUAUCAAUGAGAGCCAUAUACCAAUCUAAACUAGGGCUUGGUCUCAUGGAUAAAGGGGCAAAGGAACUGUUGCAGAAUAUCUCAGAAAAGCAGGGCAGGAAAAUGGAUUCAGUCAAAUCUGCUAAAGACAUACCGAAAUUUGUUGAUAUGUUUAAGGAUCAAAUCAAUUUAUCUGAAGUCAAAUACCCUUUAAAGCAUUUUAAGACAUUUAAUGAAUUUUUCAUAAGAGAGUUAAAACCUGGUGCAAGACCAAUUGCCUGCAUGGAACGUGAUGAUGUUGCUGUAUGUGCUGCCGAUUGCCGGCUGAUGGCCUUUAAAACUGCUACAGAUAGUCUAAGAUUUUGGAUCAAGGGGCGAAAGUUUUCUGUCCAAGGUCUUUUAGGUACAGAAGUGUGCUCCAGCUCGUUUGUUGAUGGAACUUUAGCGAUAUUUCGGUUGGCACCACAGGAUUACCAUCGUUUCCAUUUUCCUGUCUCUGGAACUAUUGAGAAAUUUGUGGAUAUUCCUGGAUGCUUAUACACGGUAAACCCUAUUGCCGUGAAUAGCAAGUAUUGUAAUGUGUUCACUGAUAAUAAACGUGUUGCCGCUCUCGUUUCAACAGCAGAUUUUGGAAAGGUGGCGUUUGUUGCUAUUGGAGCAACUAUGGUUGGUAGCAUAACUUUCUCUAGAAAGGAGGGUGAUUAUGUGAAGAAAGGAGAUGAGUUUGGUUAUUUCUCAUUCGGUGGAAGUACUGUGAUUUGCGUUUUUGAAAAGGAUACAAUCAAGAUAGACGACGAUCUCUUGGAAAACAGUGCAAGAUCGCUUGAAACCUUAGUUUCUGUUGGAAUGAGACUUGGCAUCUCCACUAAGAAACCAUCUGAUAGCAAGUUGCCAAACAUCGAAAAAAUUGUACUAUAG